CAGUCUGAAGGGGAAGGUGAUGGAGGGCAGUCUGAAGGGGAAGGUGAUGGAGGGCAGUCUGAAGGGGAAGGUGAUGGAGGGCAGUCUGAAGGGGAAGGUGAUGGAGGACAGCCUGAAGGGGAAGGUGAUGGAGGACAGCCUGAAGGGGAAGGUGAUGGAGGACAGUCUGAAGGGGAAGGUGACGGAGAACAGCCCGAAGAGGAAGGGGAAGGUGACGGAGAACAGCCCGAAGGGGAAGGUGAUGGAGAACAGCCCGAAGAGGAAGGUGACGGAGAACAGCCCGAAGAGGAAGGUGACGGAGAACAGCCGGAAGAGGAAGGGGAAGGUGACGGAGAGCAGCCGGAAGAGGAAGGGGAAGGUGACGGAGAACAGCCCGAAGGGGAAGGUGACGGAGAACAGCCCGAAGAGGAAGGUGACGGAGAACAGCCCGAAGAGGAAGGUGACGGAGAACAGCCGGAAGAGGAAGGGGAAGGUGACGGAGAGCAGCCGGAAGAGGAAGGGGAAGGUGACGGAGAGCAGCCAGAAGAGGAAGGUGACGGAGAGCAGCCGGAAGAGGAAGGGGAAGGUGACGGAGAACAGCCCGAAGAGGAAGGUGACGGAGAACAACCCGCAGAGGAAGGCGAAGGUGACGGAGAGCAGCCGGAAGAGGAAGGGGAAGGUGACGGAGAACAGCCCGAAGGGGAGGAGGAAGGUGACGGAGAACAACCCGCAGAGGAAGGGGAAGGUGACGGAGAGCAGCCCGAAGAGGAAGGUGACGGAGAGCAGCCGGAAGAGGAAGGUGACGGAGGGCAGUCUGAAGGGGAAGGUGAUGGAGGGCAGUCUGAAGGGGAAGGUGAUGGAGGGCAGUCUGAAGGGGAAGGUGAUGGAGGGCAGUCUGAAGGGGAAGGUGAUGGAGGACAGCCUGAAGGGGAAGGUGAUGGAGGACAGCCUGAAGGGGAAGGUGAUGGAGGACAGUCUGAAGGGGAAGGUGACGGAGAACAGCCCGAAGAGGAAGGUGAUGGAGAACAGCCCGAAGAGGAAGGUGACGGAGAACAGCCCGAAGAGGAAGGUGACGGAGAACAGCCGGAAGAGGAAGGGGAAGGUGACGGAGAGCAGCCGGAAGAGGAAGGGGAAGGUGACGGAGAACAGCCCGAAGGGGAAGGUGAUGGAGAACAGCCCGAAGAGGAAGGUGACGGAGAACAGCCCGAAGAGGAAGGUGACGGAGAACAGCCCGAAGAGGAAGGGGAAGGUGACGGAGAGCAGCCGGAAGAGGAAGGGGAAGGUGACGGAGAGCAGCCAGAAGAGGAAGGUGACGGAGAACAACCCGCAGAGGAAGGCGAAGGUGACGGAGAGCAGCCGGAAGAGGAAGGGGAAGGUGACGGAGAACAGCCCGAAGGGGAGGAGGAAGGUGACGGAGAACAACCCGCAGAGGAAGGGGAAGGUGACGGAGAGCAGCCCGAAGAGGAAGGUGACGGAGAGCAGCCGGAAGAGGAAGGUGACGGUGAGCAGCCCGAAGAGGAAGGGGAAGUUGACGGAGAACAGCCCGAAGAGGAAGGUGACGGACAACAGCCCGAAGAGGAAGGGGAAGGUGACGGAGAACAGCCCGAAGAGGAAGGGGAAGGUGACGGAGAACAGCCCGAAGGGGAAGAGGAAGGUGACGGAGAACAGCCCGCAGAGGAAGGGGAAGGUGACGGAGAACAGCCCGCAGAGGAAGGGGAAGGUGACGGAGAACAGCCCGAAGGGGAAGAGGAAGGUGACGGAGAACAGCCCGAAGAGGAAGGUGACGAAGCACAGCCCGAAGGGGAAGAGGAAGGUGACGGAGAGCAGCCGGAAGAGGAAGGUGAUGGAGAACAACCCGCAGAAGAAGGGGAAGGUGAUGGAGAACAGCCCGCAGAGGAAGGGGAAGGUGACGGAGAACAGCCCGAAGGGGAAGAGGAAGGUGAUGAAGAACAGCCCGAAGAGGAAGGUGACGGAGAACAGCCCGCAGAGGAAGGGGAAGGUGACGGAGAACAGCCCGAAGGGGAAGAGGAAGGUGACGGAGAACAGCCCGAAGAGGAAGGUGACGAAGCACAGCCCGAAGGGGAAGAGGAAGGUGACGGAGAGCAGCCGGAAGAGGAUGGUGACGGAGAACAACCCGAAGGGGAAGGGGAAGGUGACGAAGAACAGCCCGAAGGGGAAGAGGAAGGUGACGGAGAACAGCCCGAAGGGGAAGAGGAAGGUGACGGAGAACAGCCCGAAGGGGAAGAGGAAGGUGACGGAGAACCCCCCCAAGAGGAAGGGGAGGGUGACGGAGAACCCCCCCAAGAGGAAGGGGAAGGUGACGGAGAACCCCCCCAAGAGGAAGGGGAAGGUGACGGAGAGCAGCCGGAAGAGGAAGGGGAAGGUGACGAAGAACAACCCGAAGAGGAAGGGGAAGGUGACGGAGAACAACCCGAAGAGGAAGGGGAAGGUGACGGAGAACAACCCGAAGAGGAAGAGGAAGGAGAACAACCCGCAGAAGAAGGGGAAGGUGAUGGAGAACAGCCCGCAGAGGAAGGGGAAGGUGACGGAGAACAGCCCGAAGGGGAAGAGGAAGGUGACGGAGAACAGCCCGAAGGGGAAGAGGAAGAGGAAGGUGACGGAGAACAGCCCGCAGAGGAAGGGGAAGAGGAAGGUGACGGAGAACAGCCCGAAGAGGAAGGUGACGAAGCACAGCCCGAAGGGGAAGAGGAAGGUGACGGAGAGCAGCCGGAAGAGGAUGGUGACGGAGAACAACCCGAAGGGGAAGGGGAAGGGGAAGGUGACGGAGAACAGCCAGAUGAAGUAGCAGUAGAAACGUUGGAGGAGGUCAUCUCUGAUGAAGGCUGUGUCACCGAGCAGCUGUGUGCAGCUGAACCUUCUGAUUGUAACCCAGCAGAGGAUGAAUCAUGUUUUUUCGUUUCAGUAGAAACGAGAGAUGAUGAGAACUUUGAGUUUGCCCUCUCAGGGGAGU